UGCUAGAGCGGCGCGGGCGGCGCAAGAUGGCGCAGCAGGUGAAUGUGGCGGAGCUGUCGCUGCCGCAGCUGGAGGUGCUCAAGAGCCAGCUCGACCAGGAGGUGGAGUUCCUCUCAUCCUCUAUCGCCCAGCUCAAAGUGGUGCAGACCAAGUACGUGGAAGCCAAGGACUGCCUCAACGUACUCAACAAAAGCAAUGAGGGGAAGGACUUGCUGGUCCCGCUCACCAGCUCUAUGUACGUCCCCGGAAAGCUCUCAGACGUUGAGCACGUGCUGAUAGAUGUAGGAACAGGCUACUAUGUGGAGAAGACGGCGGACGACGCUCGAGACUUUUUCAAGCGGAAAAUCGACUUCCUGACCAAACAGAUGGAGAAAAUCCAGCCCGCGCUGCAGGAGAAACACGCCAUGAAGCAGGCCGUGGUGGAAAUGAUGAGCCAGAAGAUCCAGCAGCUCACGGCCCUGGGGGCCGCGCAGGGCGUGACGACGAAGGCAUAGCCUUCGGCCUCAGGGGCCGCCUUCGUCGGCAUCGCUGCUGGGAUGGGAGCAGAGCUGCUGAAGAAAGCUGCUGGGACGCAGACCAUCCGGUCCCCCCUUCCCCAGCGCUCCUCUCCGAGCUCGGCAGGGCUCUGCUGUUGACUCUUACGCACGUGCGGUGCCCGGAAGCAAAGCACCAGCCAAACCCUUCCCUUUUUGUAAGCAGCACGUCGCUGCUGGUGUAUGGAAUAAAUUAGAGAUGCAGGGAACA